UUGCUCAGCUACCACUGCCACCAUACCACUAAGUACCUGCCUCACAUAAUAUUCAGUCGAGCUUUGGCGGCUAUGAGAGAGGACGUAUUGAUGUUCCGCUAUUUACAACUGUGAGCGCGUGUUUUCCUUUCUUUACAAUAUUUUACGUGCAAAACUAUUAACAAAUAACUAACGUGUCACGAGAAAGUGUAACAGUGAUUUUUAACGAAUAUAUUGGAUUAUAACUGGGAUUUUCUUAUUGAAAGUGGUAUUUUUAGUUGGAUUAUUUUUGUGAUGACUGAUGAUGGGAGCUCGUAGAGUGGUUUAGAAUUGUCGUAAUGGUGACUGGAUCGUGUGUUUAUUAAUUACAAUAGUUAUAAUUGGCACAACCAUGGCGGUUGUUAAUUUUAGCGUGUGUUUGGUACUUGUUUUGUACCAGCUUUCUGCGGUGCACAGUGACGAGGCAUCGUCAGAGUCUACAGAUCUUGGAUCCACAGAUUCAAAAGCCGAUAGUGACACAGAUGGAGUGCGGUGUUACUGUAAUACAGCUGAGUGCGUGGGGACCGGGUACAUGUGCCGAUCUCCUCGAGGUGGGGGAUGUUACAGCAAGUUGCCGUCACCAAGGAGAGCUCGUCACGCGAAACAUGGAUGCCUGUAUCAUUUAGCUGACACAGAAAAUGAGGCAUUGUCACAGUGCCAGAACUCGCCUGGUGGGACGCCGUCGUCAGCGGGACACUCUUUGUUACUGUGCUGCUUCCGAGACCUGUGCAAUCAUGAGGACAGUCCAAUUGCACGAGCCAGGCUCAACAUGACGGCUAAUGAUUUAGAUGGCAACACAGUAGAAAGUGAACGUGGCGCCAACUACAAUGGAGAGGUGUGGUUCAAAGCCGCUACCAUAGCAGUUCCCGUCUGUGGCGCUCUGAUACUCUUCCUGCUGGUCGCUGUUGCCGUACGUCUGCUAAAAGCUGACGCUUUGCUGCAUGCUGAUAGAAAACUUAGGGGUGGUUAUAUGCCACCAUUGGCGCAAAAUAAUACGGAAGACGUGAAAAAAGUAUGGGCGGGAACACCAUCGGCACCGCUCCUGGUAGCUCCGGGUGGUUGCGUGGUCGCCGUGGAGAGGGCGCAGCUGGUUGACACACCACAAUUCUGUGAUAUCCAACGGUAGACUGAUUACCUGUAAUCUCUUUAGCGGGCUGCGCCGUGGUGUGGCGCUGGCGGUUUGCUGCAAACAAACUUAUCAAGCUUCAAUAUAAUAUUUAUAUUCCAUACAUUAUUGGACUAAGCGCCACCAUCUUGUCUUGUGAUUUAUCUACAUUCUUAAAAUUAAACUCAAAUAAUAUUUUAUAUUACAAACAUAAAAUACCAUGCCAAUGCCAUGCCGUACUAUACAAAUAUUAUAGCAUUUGGCGUUCCAUUGUUUCUGCCUACCCUAAUGGGAGACAGGCGUGACAGAUAUGUAUGUAUAUAUGUAAAAUACCAAUGUGUACGUUUUUUGUUCAUAUUAGAAAAAUGAUAUUCUUUUUUUUUAUUUAUAAACAAUUAUAAAACAUCUAAAUUUGGCUGUGUAUGAUCUGGCUAUAAUUCUAAAUCUAUUUCAACUAUUGAUUUUUUUUUUAAUUCUAAAAUAUUUAGAUACCAUAAAAAUUAACCCAUAAAUUAUUUUUGUUUUCGUUUAAGUUAAUUAUUUGCCAAAAAUAAUGGUAAUCACAAAUGCCGUUUGCGUUUAGUUUCUUCAAUAUCUGUUGACUUCGCUUUAAAGCGACAAUAUCACAUUUGUUAUUUACACAAAAACUGUUUACUGUGUACACAUAACAUACAAUCAUGUUUGUUAAUAAAUAAAAAAUAGUAAUACGAUACAAUUCAUAUAAUUAUGGUCUAUAUAUAAUAUUAUAUCAUCGCUUGUUGAGUAUACUUUAAAAGUGAGCAAAUCGAUGAUGGUACUUGACUGAAUUUUGAAGUUUCAGCAAAUAUUUAAUGGGACACUUUUGCCUAAUUUUUUUCAUCAUAAUGUAAUCAUUUAUUAUGCAAAUUUUUUAAUAGAAUAUUUCAGAUUAAGUAGAAAUGGGUUGUAUGACACUUGUAAGACUUAUAAUUGAGGUGAAAUGUAAUUUUAAUUUUUUUUUUAUUAAUAUAACGAGCUAAUACAAAGAAAUAAUUGAGCAAAAAUUUCGUUUACAUUUUCAUUUAAUUAAAACAAAAAUUAAAUAAAUGUUUUUUAAUUUUCAUUUCAAUUUAAAACUCUUUUGUUAUAACGCCAUCAUUAUUAAAGCGUAAGGUUGUUUAAAAAAUAUGUCAAAAUAACUACUGUAAUAUAAAUUUACUGUAAUCGUUUCUAUAAUUUUUUUUUCUUACCUUAUUUGAUUAUGACUUACCUCUCGAAAUUAAACAAAAUAAAAAUAUGGUAAACACAAAAAGUAAUACUACAAUAAAAUAAUUUAUAUAUUUAAUAAUUUUGUAUAAUUUAUUACUUAUUAUUUUUACUAACAAAAAUAAUAAAUUGUACAUUUUUUAAGUAGAUGUAAUAAAAUUUUAACAUAGGGCUUUAUUAAACUAUAAUAAUAUAAAAAAAUAUACGAGUGAGAAUUAAAUCUACGAUUGUUACAGAUAUUGUUUUGAAAGGUAUAGUGUAAUGUUAAAUUUAAUGUUGACGGUAAAAGUGUCCCAAAGGUGAAUCUUCUUUAUUGACUGAUCUCAAAUUUUUACAUUUCUGCCGUCAUACUCACGGCGCGCCCGCGUAUAAACCAAAUCUACCACUAUGUAUAUUUAAAUGUUUAUUACAUUUUUAAGUGCUUUGUGUUCCUUUUAUAUCUUGUAAAUGUACCCCAUUUUAUUAAAUUAAUAUUGUAUACAAUUAAAGCGUAUCAUAAUUUAAGUUACCAAUGUACGUGAACAUUGUAAUAUGUCUUAAGUGUCUUAAAAAUAAGGAUAUGAAACGUACUAUCACCUCUGCCAUUUGAAGUCAAUUAAACAAUGGUUUUAGAAUAAUAUUUAUAUAAGGAACUGUUUCUAAUGGCACGGUGUUUUAAAAAGUUUAUAAAUAUAACGAAAUUAGAGAACAUUUUAGACAAAAUGCCAAUUGUGAAAAUGUAAAUAACUGUUUAGUGGUGAACGUACCGUUGCUUCGGUUUCUGAUUGUGCUUAUUCAUAUAACACUUUAUUAUUCUACAAGUUAUUUUUAAGCAAGUUUCAUAUCCUGUACAACAGUUAAUAGUGUCAUAUAUAUAUAUAUAUAUAUAUAUAUAUAUAUAUAUAUAUAUAUAUAUAUAUAUAUAUACUCGUAUGACUAUUAAAAUCGUUCUGUAAACAUAUGUAAAGACAAUUUUUAACAUCUUAAUUUUCAUCUCAGAUGUGACAAUUAAUUAAUUAAAAUAGUAAUUUAUACAAUGUUGUACAGAUUUUUUUUUAUUCAAAUAUAUUAAUAAAAUUUAUUGAUUACUUGGAAAUAGCUAAAAAGGAAUUAGAAUUCGUGCACAUUAUUGGUCAUAUCUGAGAUUAACUUGGUGACAAUAAUAUAACCUAUGAUUUAAAUGGAAACUGACACGCAAAUAAAUUUGUAUCAGAAUAGAACAUAUCGUCAUAGUCGUAGAAUACUGACGGAUCUUUAUACGUAAUCUUUGUCAGAUCCGUCAGUAUUCUACGACUAUGACGAAAUAAUGAGUUGAAUUUAAUAAAAAUCACUUUAUAGGCACAUUGUUUGUAAGUAGAUAGAUAUUAUUUCUAAUUGUUUAUCCAAGUACCAAUGUAUUUUUAUAUCUGCAUGCAUUUCCUUUUUUUUUUCUUGUGUAAAUUAUUAAUAUAAUUCGUUUGUAAAUAUAGUACUUAAAUGUUAAGUUGUUACCUAUUGAUGUAAAGUAAAUAUAUAAUGCUGUGGCGAUUUCUGAAAAUAAAAUUCAAUGUGAGUAACGCCUAGUCCAUGUAUCUGAUUUUUAGUGUACUUUAUUUGUUUAUUACAUACUUUUUUACUGUUUUUUUUUUUGUAACUCGCAUUGAAUUUUAUUUAUGGUCGAAAUCUAUAAUAACAUUAUAUUUAAUGUGAAUAAUAUUUUUUUUUUAUUAUAAUGAAAUGCGCGUCUAUGAUGUCUAUUUAUGAGUUUAUGUGUAAAAUUUAUAAAUUGUAUUAUUGUAAAUAAAUUAUUAUAAUUAUUAGUAUUAUUAUGUAAAUGAAUUUAUUGGAUCCAAAAUCUCUUCCUCUAUUUAUUCCAUUAAUAAUAAAGUACAAUAUUUUAAUGUCACUUUUCGACCAUUGCCAGAAAUUGGCCGUUUAAUGAAGCUUCCGUGAGGUGCCUUACCUUGUUGUAGGAAAAUAUAGGUGCAAGUGAAUACUCUAAUAUUGUAAUGACCACAUAUGAUCUAAUUGUAAAUAUAAUUGUAAUGUGUAUAAUAUAAAUUAAUAAAAAGAAAUUAUUUUAUUACUGGA